AUGAUUGAGAGGGUAUGGUCGAACGUUUCCCCGGAGAUCCAGGAGGAGAUGAGGCAGCUGUGCGAGGAGAUACCGUACAUCGACGAGCACUACGAGCUCAUGGACAAGAUCGGCGAGGGGACCUUCUCGUCCGUGUACAAGGCGACGGACGUUGACGAUAGAGUGACGUCCAAGUUUGCGUCGCAUUUCUGGAACCUGCCGGACGACAACAGGAAGUACGUCGCUUUAAAGAAGAUAUACGUCACGUCGUCACCACAGCGGAUCUACAACGAGUUGAAUCUCUUGUACACGCUGACAGGGGGUUCCCACAGAGUGGCACCGCUAUGCGACGUGACGCGGCUGCGCGACCAGGUUGUCGCCGUGCUGCCUUACUACCCUCACGAGGAGUUUAGGAACUUCUACAGGGACCUCCCCAUAAAGGGGAUCAAGAAGUACACGUGGGAGUUGCUACAGGCAUUAAACUACGUCCAUUCGAAGGGGAUCAUACACAGGGACGUCAAACCGACAAAUUUCCUCUUUAAUCCGCAGAUUGGACAAGGUGUACUUGUAGAUUUUGGGUUGGCGGAGACGCAACCGGAUUACUCAAAGGAUUUACCCCGUAGUGGUGGUGCGGCAGGGGACAACUUCGCGGACUACAGGUCACAGGAACAGUUCUGCCCCUGUCUCAUGAGAAGCAACGCACCAACACACCCGGCAACGGCGCACCAUGGGUUGGUCACGAUUCAAAACGGUAAACUCGUCCACUUGAAUAACGUCCAAGGUGUAGACCUCACUAAAGGGUACCCGAAGAACGAAACUCGGAGAAUGAAGAGGGCAAACAGGGCGGGGACCCGUGGGUUCAGAGCCCCCGAGGUGCUCAUGAAGUGCGGGGCACAGACGACAAAGAUAGACAUUUGGUCCGUUGGGGUCAUCCUGCUCAGUUUGAUAUCGAGACGGUUCCCGAUGUUCCAAAGUUUGGACGAUACGGACUCUCUGCUUGAACUGUGCUCCAUCUUUGGUUGGAAAACGAUACGGAAAUGCGCAUUACUGCACGGGUUAGGGUUCACGGUCAGUGGGCUGCAACACAUAAGAGAGGAAGGGUACCCGAAUGGGAUCCGGGAGUUCAUAUACGAGUUACUGUACAAGGAGUGUGAUGCGGGCACUUUCCCAGUUUACAGUGUCGCCUUCGAGACGUUCAACUACUUAGAACAGGAUUUGGUGGAACGCGCCUCCAUUGAGCCACGGUUACCGGUUCGUAGUGAGCAUCCCAACGAUAAAGAGACUGAGUCCUACGAGCUGAAACAGUACCAAGAGGCAAUCUGGACAGAUCACUACUGGUGUUUCCAACUGAUCGAACAGUGUUUUGAAAUGGAUCCGCAGAGGAGGUCCUCCGCUGGGGAACUGUUGCAGAGUGCAUUUUUCAACGAAUUGAAUGACUUGGAUGAUAACACGGAGGUCGAGGAUACGGAGGACGACGAAGAUGCGGAGCGCACCAGCAAAGACCGAGACAACGACGAAAACGACGUCUGGCUGAUAUCUGAAUAA